AUGCUCAACAUACCAAGGCGCGUUCGCAAGCGGCUGCUUCAGACUGCGAUCCUGGGCCUCGUCAUAUUGAGCGUAUCUUACAUCGUACUGCCACCCGACUCUUCGAUCCGCCUGGCGCUGCGCUUCAAUGCGGUGCGGGCAUCGGCCGCCGUGCGUGGGGCGACGGAGGACCGGGACGCCUGGCUGCGGCAGCCGGCGCCGUACAAGCUGGACCUGCGCGAGGACGUCGGGUACCUGAUUAAGACGGGCUACGGGACGAGGCACCGCGUGCCGCUGCAGCUGGCCGCGCUGCAGGGGAGCUAUGGCGGCGGCCUCUUGGGCGAGGAGGGCAAGGACUACGUGGUGGUGGGCGACUGGACGACGGUGGACGGCAAGGAUGCCAAGGCCAUUGGCGUACCGGUGCACGACGUGCUUAAGAUGGUGCGGGAGUACGGCGAUGGGGACUGGAGGGCUCAUCACCGGCUCAAAAAGUACCAGACGCUGCAGAGCGCGAUACAGGCGGGCGACGAGGAGACGGCGCUGGGGAUCGGACGCAGCGUCGGCUGGGAGCUCGACGCGCUCAAGUUUGCGCCGGGGAUGGAGCUCAUGUACAAGACGAUGCCUAACAAGAAGUGGUAUCUCAUCUUGGACGACGAUACGUUUGUUGUGAAAUCGACGCUGAAUCUGUUAUUGACGCACCUGAAUCCGGAGAACCCGCACUAUAUUGGCAAUGCGGUGGGUGACUUCCGCGGACGGUUUGCGCACGGCGGAUCGGCCAUCAUCAUCUCGGGCGAGGCGAUGCGCCAGCUCUUCCGUCGCAAAGACGUGGUGCGGCAGGCGUACGUGGAGUCGCUCGACGAGAAAUGGGGGGACAGGCUGGUGGCGACGACGUUUCUCAAGCUGGGCAUCUACCUGGAGGAGCGGUACGCGCACCACUUCAACGGCGAGGCGCCCGAGGAGACGCGCAUCACGCGGGAAAAGUACUGCGCGCCGAUCCUGUCGUUCCACUCGCUGCGGACGGCGGCGGCGACGACGCGGGUGAGCAAGGUGGUCGGUACGGCGACCAAACCCGUGCGCUGGGGCGAGUUGAUGGAGCUCUUCCGGCCAGCGGCGGCGGCCCGGGGCCAGGACCACGUCGGACCGGCGGACAAGCAGGUCAGGACGUGGGGGCUGGUCAAGAAGGCGAGCGACUGCCAGCGCAAGUGCGAGGUCGAGAACAGCAAGUGGUGCCUGGCAUGGACGUACGAUGCGCGCAAGGAGGCGUGCCAGGCGAGUCCAUGGAUGGUGCCUGGGGCGGAUGGCGCCGAGGGCAAGGUGUCGGGGUACAAUAAAGAGGCCGUGAAACGGAUGCAGGCGGGGUGCGCUUGA